UCGAAUCAAUAUAACUAAUAGUAACUGAAUGUUCUUCAAUUGUUGACAUUUCCACAUUAAACAAACUAUCAUACCUGUGUUCAUAGUUCGUAUCUAGUUAUUGAUUCAAAGUUCAGUUUAGAAAUGCUGUCAUCGGAGUAACUUAAAAUCAGGAUAAAGGUGCUAAUUUGUAGCAUGGAGAAAUGACCACCCCGACGAAAGUACAAAUUGAAAAUAUCAGUUUCACUUAAUGUUGGAUCCAGAAAUUUCAGCAGAGAUGAGCAAGAGCAGUUUGGACGAUCUUAUGAUGGACAGAAGAGGGUAUCUACCGCCAUUGAGAGCACCAUACGAUACUGAUUUCAACUAUAACAACAACAGAAGUAGCUUUCAAGCAGUCGGAAACCAGCAAUUUUUGGCUACAAAUCCACCCGAUAGAAUAAAUAGAAAUUCAGGAGAGCGUCUGUCUUCGGAAUACGUUCAAACUAGCAACGAUAAAUUGUUUUUUGAGGAACUUUUGAGAAGACAGCAGAGAUGGGUUAUGGGAAUCAUGGAAAGUUCUUUCAGGCGAAUAACAGAUGACAUUAUGAGAACAUCAAACGUCGUCAGGAGACACGAUUCAGUUAUCCACGACUUGAACUCCUCGUACACAAAAUUGGACAAAUAUUAUGGAGCUGUGGUCCAAGAUCUUACAACUCGAAGCAACAAUUGCGACAAACGUAUCAAAGAAAUCAACGAAGAUAUCAAACAAAACAAAGAUACAAUUGAAAAAUUAGUUCAACAAGCAAGCCAUGAUAAAAAGGAAAUAGAAGAUCACAUACUUAAAAAUAAUGCAGAGUACAUUUUAGAACUGAGUAAAGUUAGGGCUGAAAUAGAAGGAUUAAGAACCAGUUACAAAAAAGACAUCACGGUAUCAGAUGAACGACGAAGAAUUGAAAUGGAUGAUGCUAGGUCCAGAAUUUCGGCAUUGGAUUCGUACACAAAAAAUGCAUUGCAUACAUUGAAGAACGCUGUUCAAGAGGCGCUCGGAAGAACAGAAAACAAGAUAACAGAUGGUAUUAAGGAGGAGAGAAUGGUUUGGCGUCAAAAUAUGGAUUCUGUGCAAAAGCACUCCAAAGAACAGAUGGAGAGACUAGACCAAAGUAUAAGUAUAAUCGAAGACGAGGCUAAACGACUUAUCGAUGCUGUAGUGAAGAAGUUAGAAAGUGUUCAGGAUAUUGUAACUACGGAGAAGAGUACAAAUGAAGAAUUUAGAAAGGUUGUUAAAAAUUAUAUGGACACUAGCAAAGUCCUGUCUGAACGGCUCACUGUGGAAGUCAACUCGUUAAAGGAAGAGUCGGGCAAUAAAGUACAAGGACUAGAAACUAAUAUUGAAUCUCUUAGAUCUGUCGUUGAAGGUAGAUAUAGUAUUGUGAUGGAACAAGUAAAGAAGGAAAACGAAAGACUCGAUAAACAAAUACAGCAGCUGUCAAGACAAGUGCAGACAUUACAACAGCAAGUUGUUGGUGGUGUGGGGACGUCUGGGACCGGAUAGAUUGAUUUCCUACUAAUAUACAACAUGAAGUUACGUGUUUCAAGGACACAUAACGUAUAAGAGCAUGAUUACAAUAAUUGAACAGUAUUAGAUUCAUGUGUAGUAUUAAUCGAUACUUUUACUUUAAAUGUUCAUUUGAAAGUAUUUUUUGUCUCGCAUUGACGGAGUCAAAAAGCGAAACAUAGGUAUGAUGACGUUUCUGGCGGUGGCAACAAUGUAUUAGUUUGUGACUUGAUCAGUUUACGUGGAACUACAAGUGAUUGAUCAAUUAUAUUUGGUAUGGAGUUAUAUGAGCAUUUGCACAUCUCAUUUCCAUAAACUAUACCCAUACCCCCAAACUAUUAACAGUCAAUAACACACAUCGACGUUAUUUUAUUUUCCGGAAAAAAAUAUACUAUGGGACAUAAUCAUUAUAGCCCAUUUGAGCACUAGAUAAUCACUUCGUCUGUACGUCCAAUAGUCAGCAAAUCAAUUUCCGAGUUGAAUAUAAUGCCAUGGCGUAUAAUUGAUGUCCUUUUAUGUUUUCACCGGAUUGCAUUUAUACUUGUUUAAAAUUGGAAUGUUCUGGUCCUCAAUGCUCUUCAACUAUGGAUUCUAAUUGGUCUUCUAUUUUUUUUUGUAUCGAGCAUCACUGGUGAGUCUUUUGAUGACAAAAUGCGCGGUUGGUGUACAAAUUUAUAAGCCUAGCAUCUUCGAUGAAUUUUUUUGGUAGAAUAUGCACCUCAGUUCUUAUACUUGUCCUUUCUUUAAAUUCUUCUUCUUAAUUUUUAAUUUUAGCGCAAAUGUUCUUUUUAAAAAGGGCAAAUGUUUCAUAUAAAAAAUACAAAUAAUACACGAUGUGAAUUUGAUACUGAAAGGUCUUGGUAUCUUCCAAUGAACUUUUUUUAGAAAAAGGACGCGACGUUCUUUGGCAUACCCCUGGUUCAUCAACAUUCUUCUUAGACACUAAAGACGUAUUACAAAGUCUUAAGAGCAGCUGCAAUCCUCGUGAAUACGGAUGAUAAGUUGAGAAAUAGAUAUCCUACAUGUAGGCGAAGUAUGUAUAUUGCUACUAAGGUCGGGGGUAUAAUUUCCAAAUUAAAAUCGUCUAAUUGUAGCAGGUCUAUUCAGUACUUACAAGAUAACUUAACGUGAAACAUUUCUUACCGCAAUUGUCAUAAUAUAUGAAUGUGCAUGGUAGAGGGAAUCCCAGUAUGAGCGAUUACUAGAAUAUAGAAUCAAAGAUGGAACCGUGACGUAUUUGUAAUAUUUUAGUUCAGUAAUGGACAGUUUGAAUUAGGUCAUUGGUUUUAUUAGUCGAGGUUUUCAGACGUUUUGUUUUGCCUUUUCAGAAUUUUACAUUUAUCAUUUAACUAUUAUAUGUUGCAUAUAUUAAGUGAAAAGACAAUUGAUUUCCUUUUGCAAGUAUAAUGAAAUAUUGUAAUAUUCCCAAAAUGGAUAUUAAAUCUUGCGCUAAAACGUCAGAUUUGAUAUUCUCACAAACAAUUGUAACCACUUUUUAUGUUCAACAUCCUUUUUCUGUUCGUGUAUUAUUCUUAUGAGUAGUUUGAAUUGUUAUCAAAGUUGUACAUAUAAAAGUAUUUUUUUACAUGAACCCCCUGAGGGGUUCAUGCUUAUAUAUAGGUUAGUUUUGGAUGUGUCUAUGGGCCACUCGGUAUCUCUCGGCCGGAAGUCAGAAUAAAAUUUUCGGAACGUCUCGAAAGUUUUCUGUCAUUUAAACAGGUCUAAACAGGUUGUUAUCAACGGCUUUGGUAUGGUCCCUUGAUGGCCCUUGAGUGACGACGCAAUUAUAUCUGUUUUAAAACGACUACUGUAUACUGUGUGUAUCUGUGUCAAUUAUAAAGUUGUCUCGAUAACAUGUAAACUAAUUAUGUUUGAAGAUUUAACCACGGGACACUGACUGUGUAUUUCAUUUUAUACUGCACUCGUUCUGUUUGAGCAGUCAAAAUGCGUUGACUGUAUAUUUCUAUGUCAUAUACAGUCACUGACCCGAUAUCACUUUUCCUCAUGAAUAUUUAGAUAGAAAAUGCCGAAAUAAUAUUUAAUUAUUCAUACGACCUCUUCAACCUGUUCUUGUUUCCAAUGCAUACAACGAAGCGUGGAUCGACUCAACCUUGUUUCUUUUGCAAUUAUUGGAAAAACAUAUUUCAUUUGUUUAUACUUUUUGUUUGUAACCUAUACAACAUUAUGCUUCAUGCUUAUGGUUGAUAUUUAAGUCCAUACUCAAACGCGAGCAUGAUAUGAGGCCUUUGGAAAGGGGAUUUUCCCCAAUAUUUAAAUCAAAUAAAUCAAUUAAAUAACCUUAACGCAUUAAACAACCAUUGAAAAUGUUGUUUUAGAUUGCAGUAUAAAGACAAUAAUAGUGCAUUGACCUGACAUAUCAACGAUAUAAGGAUUCGGCCCGAAACGGGGAAAUAGCUCGGCACAGCCUCGCAUUCCCCCGUUUCUAAGCCUCAUCCUUGUAGUGUUGAUAUGUCAAGACAAUGCACUAUUAUUGUCUAUAUAGACUUACGUGGAGAACAUACUGGUUAAACUAUUAAUAUUAGAUCGGAAAACAGAAAGAUAAUAUUCUUAUCAAACGUAUUUAAUUCAAUCGGAAUGAAAGAAAUAUAUAUAUACUUCGGCUUCGGCUCAGUCAUUUUAAGGCUAUCUUAGUCAAUACCACUGUCCCGUGGCCAGUCCAUAUAUCACGAUAAUGACCAUUUUUAUAAGAACUAUUAUGUUUAUUUCAUUGAGAAACCAUGUUUUGGAAAAUUCUCAUAAAUUCAAAACGCCUAAAGCGAACUCUAGUAGUUGUACGAUUUCUAUAGCAAAGAGUGAAGACCAAUCGUAUAGUAAUACUUUCAUUCAUUUUAGUGCAACUUUUCAGUAUAUAUAUUCUUAAUUAAGUUCUCUUUAAUUUUACAAUUAACGGAAAAAUAUAAUAAACAAUUCAACAACUAAAAUAUUAUAUCAAAAACAGGAACAUGUUAUAUAAAAGAUACAUUUUUCUAAGCAGAGAAACCACGCCCCACCGGUCAUUAUCAAACGGAAACCACGCCCCAACGGUCAUUAUCAGACGUAAAUCACGCCCCACCGGUCCAUAUCAUGUAAAAGUUCAUUAACGACCGGUUUUCUGGUCCGUUUUGUUCUGUUAAUGACCGAUGGAAUUUAUUACUGAAGAUAAUGAAUGUCAUGUGACCCCUUUUUAUCCAAUAAGAGAAUCUUAUUCUCAACCGAUAUGAAAUAAAUAUAUAAUAUAAACUGUAUUUAUGUUUCUGAAGAAACUAACAACUUUUGACUAAUACUUCAUUGCACAAUGAGUAUUUCGAACUUCUAUUGGAGGCAUAGAAAUGGCUGUUAAAAUGACUGACAUGCUACACUGAACUGAUCUAUAUCAAAAUGCAGACCAAAUAUAAAUUCACUGCUUUCCAUUGACGCAAAGAAAAUUUGAAAGUUGUAUAUCCCACCCUGA